AAUUUUCUCAGCUUCAGCCAUUAAUAUAACCUCUUAGGCCUCGAAGACAAGACAUCUAAAAGCACCCAAGAUGCGGCACUCCAUCUCAGCCAGGCUCGUGUUAGCAGUCUUUUUUGUCCCACAACUCAGCCUGCCAGAACGCCCAGCAACGGCAAAAUGGUCAAACCACUUCCUCUUGUUCAAGUGAGCCAUGUUUUGCAACAUUGCAACGAGCAGAGCGUGGAAUGUUUCGCAAUGACGGGUGUUGAAUUUCAUUUCCUGACCAAGCAGUGGGAUUUCCCGAAAGUAAUUUCCGAUUUGACUCGACUAUGUAUUAAAUUAUUUCUUGUCUCUUCGGAAUUUAAAGUCGAGCUACGGGGAUCUGUCAGCCAGGACUAUAUGCAACGAGGCAAAGACUUGUUCGCAGGACUGAUUGAGAGUGCCAGACCAGCUGCGAGCUGCGUGAGUGAACCAGACAGCCUUACUCAAUGUAGUCAGCCUGCUGAGGCCCAAACCGCAUCCUAUCACCACCAACCCGACUUCCUGGCUCUUGACCCAGUCGAGGAUGCAGUCGCCUUGGUUACGUGGCAUCAGUUUCUUCUACCUGAGUUUCCACUCAUUGCCAAGCAGUCUCCCAUUCGCGGUAGAUAUUCUGUUUCGCUUGUGGCUCAAGUAAAAGACAACACAAAGCAUCUGAUAAUCAGAUUCCGCAGUUCUGAGAAUCAAAGCAAUGCAUGCCGAGACUUCAUCAGGAAACGCGUCGAGGAGAUUUGCAAGGAACACGGUCGCGUGCAUUUUCCGGUCCAAUUCUCGCAAGGUACUUUGGUUCGACUGCUGGGCACAGCACCUUCCCACAAUGAUUCGGACGACCCUUCCACUGACCAGAAAUUCGCUCACCAUCGAAGAUUUUGGCAAACACCUGGAAUGGGCGCUUCGAUUGGAUUAAGUCAGUGCCCUAAGAUCUCUGCCACACUUGGAGGAUAUAUCUUGGUCGAUGGUAGACUUUUCAUGUUGUCAGUGGAUCACUUCAUCUCUAAGUGCGGCUGUCCGAAUAAGACUACCUCGGUGAGAUCACCAGCACACUCGGACGCGCAGGAGUUGAAGAAACAGGUAGAAGAGAGACUGCAAGAUAUCAAUUCCCGCUUGUCCAGAAACGGGGAAACGGAAAUCAAUCUUUCGAAUUACUCCCAAGUUAUUGACAGGCACACCCAAAUGGAAAUUGACUUAUACGAACGUUUCCGUAGGGAAUUGAUGCAGGACGAAUCAAGGUUCAAUUUUGGACACGUCCAUCGUCGAUCAGGCGAUGGAAGUCCUCCCACAAGGCCCGCCGCGAUCCCUGUCACCCCUGGGGAAGUCCGACGUACAGAUUGGUCCCUUACGGAGGUAACGGAAAGAGCCAGAGUUGGUCAAAAUGCUCAUAGACACAGUCGAAUGAGUGUGCCCACCCUUGAAGAUCUCAGAAGCGAGGUAAUGAAACCCGAAGGGACGGGAGCUUUAGUCACAACCACAGCCAACGUAAGAGGAGGCGAGGCGGUUCAUUAUGUCGGCACUACUAGUGGACUGAGACCUGGAAGAGUCAAUCCUGCGAUUACUCUCUAUGGGACCGAAGGGGGGGAAAUUUCCCAUGAGUGGACCAUUGCCGUGGAAGGAAAUGCCAAACUGAACAGCGAGGCCUUCAGUGGUGACUCUGGUGCCUGGAUUAUGAACGAUGACAAUGAAUUGCUGGGCCACCUAUGGGGUUGGGAUGGUGGACUGCUAUGGUUCACUCCCAUUGCAGAUGUUUUCCAAGAUAUAAGGGAGCAUUUGAACGCUGCGAGUGUUACACUCAGGGAUGACCGACUCCGAUUGAAUAGCCAAGGACUGAUCAGUCGGGGCGAAGGAUGCUCUGAGACGAACAAUGAGCAGCUUGAAGAGCAAGGCACGAAGAUGGCAAGGCCGAACCCGAGCCCAAGCCCGAGUCCAAUGAGGAACUUGUUGUCGCCAACUGACGCCGAAGACAAGGGAAGAAAGCGAAGUUCGAGCGUCGGCAGCGACCUAUCUAUCUUCUCUCUGCCCAGUCUAGGUUCAUCGUCAUCAAUGUCUUCAAUCACGGAAGGCAAUAGCCCCCAAGUACCCGGAUCUCCCUGUUCAUUCACGGCUUUUGACGACAUAGGAGACUCUGAAAUCGUAUCCCAGAAGCUUCCGCCCACAGACGAGAGUUGCGACUGGUACGAUGUCCGACAGGAUGCAGAGUUGAAAGAUGAGGAAUUCUCACGAGAGGAUACUUUGGAACUCACACUGAGGCCAAGAAGAGUGGUGGGAAUCAAGACUUUUUGAUUUCCAUGUAGGCAUCGGCUUUCAUGUCCGAUGCGUGGACAAUACACUGAUAGAUCUCAUUUGUUAUGGUUUCUUAGCUUCAUCAUUGUUUAUUUCCCCGUCUUAACUCCGAAGUCGAAGCUCUUCCUCGAGCUCUUACACAACCUAUUUCCGCACACGAUGGUCACGACGAUGAAUGGGAACUGUUCGAUCACAUCGCCACUCUUUUGUCUUUCUCUAAGUUAAGUGUGCGUUGAUUUCCUUAUUUUCUUUCUUCUCUCCUAAUCAAAUUGUGUUAAAUCUGUCAAUAUAUAUGGUAUCUGCUUACUGGUCACAAAUUGUUCAGAGACAUCUUUGUUAUAUGUAGGCUAUCACUCAUUUGCACUCGAGGCUAUAUCAUUCCA